AUGCUUCCCCUUCGACUAAGCGCAGUCGUUUCCUCCCUCAUUCUCUGCUUCCUAUUUCCCCCCUUUUUCUGCCUCGGAAUCCGCUCCUUUCCGACAACCGAAGACGACAGCGCGUUCUUCCAGUAUGCCGAGGCGCCGGAAUACCGAAACGGGGCGGGCUGCCCCGUUUCAUUGACCCGCAACGCUCUCCCCUCGUGCGACCCGUCUCUGGUCCACAUAGCCAUGACCCUCGACUCCGGCUACCUCCGCGGCUCAAUCGCCGCCGUGCACUCCGUUCUCCGCCACUCCUCGUGCCCGGAAAGCGUGUUCUUCCAUUUCGUCGCGGCGGAGUUCGACCCGGCAAGCCCCCGGGUCCUGACCCGCCUAGUUCGGUCCAUCUUCCCCUCUUUGAACUUCAAAGUUUACAUCUUCAGAGAAGACACGGUGAUAAACCUGAUCUCUUCUUCAAUCCGACAAGCCUUGGAAAACCCGUUGAACUACGCGCGCAACUACCUCGGUGACAUGCUGGACACGUGCGUGGACCGCGUGAUCUACCUGGACUCCGACGUGGUGGUGGUCGACGACGUGAGGAAGCUGUGGCGCGUGCCACUCGCGGACGCGCGCGUGAUCGGCGCGCCCGAGUAUUGCCACGCGAACUUCACAAAGUACUUCACCGACGAGUUCUGGAACGACCCUUUACUCUCUCGCGUUUUCGCUUCUCGAAAGCCUUGUUAUUUCAACACUGGGGUGAUGGUGAUGGAUUUGGUGCGGUGGAGGGAGGGGAACUACAGGAAGAGGAUUGAGAACUGGAUGGAACUGCAGAGAAAGAAGAGGAUUUAUGAGUUGGGUUCUUUGCCUCCUUUUUUGCUUGUUUUUGCAGGGAAUGUCGAAGCCAUUGAUCAUAGGUGGAACCAGCAUGGGCUUGGUGGGGAUAACGUUAAUGGGGUGUGUAGGUCUUUGCAUCCUGGUCCUGUUAGUUUGUUACAUUGGAGUGGAAAGGGGAAGCCUUGGGUGAGGCUUGAUGAGAAGAAACCUUGUCCGUUGGAUCGUCUUUGGGAGCCUUAUGAUUUGUAUAAACCCAAACAAGUGAGGGAUAGGGUGAGAGAUCAGAACUGGGGGUUCUCUUCUAUUUGGGUUGGCUACGCUCAUGAUUUGUUAUAA